AUGGAGCACUGGAACUCCACCUUGGGAAGUGGCUUCAUCUUGGUGGGAAUUCUGAAUGGCAGUGGGUCUCCUGAGCUACUCUGUGCCACACUCACUGUCCUGUACAUGUUGGCUUUGACCAGCAAUGGACUGCUGCUCCUGGUUAUCACAAUGGAUGUUCACCUCCAUGUGCCCAUGUACCUCCUGCUUAGACAGCUCUCUCUUAUUGACUUUCUUCUCACAUCAGUUGUCACUCCCAAAUCCCUUAUGGUUUUUCUGAACAGAGAUAACACCAUAUCCUUUGGAAGCUGUGCCUUUCAGCUGUUUCUGACACUGAUACUGGGUGGCACGGAGGACCUCCUUCUGGCCAUCAUGGCCUAUGACAGGUAUGUGGCCAUUUGUCAUCCUCUGAACUACAUGAUCUACAUGAGGCCCAGGGUCUGCUGGCUCAUGGUGACCACAUCAUGGUUCUUGGCAUCCCUGACUUCUGUAGGACAUACCAUGUACAUCAUCCACCUCCCUUUCUGCAUGUCCGGGGAAAUCAGGCACCUGCUCUGUGAGAUCCCCCCUCUGUUGAAGUUGGUCUGUGAAGACACAUCCAGAUAUGAACUCUUUGUGUAUGUGACAGGUGUGACUUUCCUAUUGCUACCCCUUUUUGCGAUCAUUACCUCCUAUACACUAAUUCUUGUCACUGUGCUCAAUAUAUCUUCUAAUGAGGGAAAGAAGAAAGCCCUCUUCACCUGUUUUUCCCACCUAACUGUGGUUGGGAUGUUUUAUGGGGCUGCCACCUUCAUGUACGUCCUGCCCAGCUCCUUCCAUAGUCCCAAACAAGACAACAUCAUCUCUGUUUUUUACACCAUUGUCACCCCAGCUCUGAAUCCCCUCAUUUACAGCCUGAGGAAUAAGGAGGUCAUGGGGGCCCUGAGGAGGGUCCUGGGGAAGUACAUCCCACCAUUUAGGUCUUGCUUUUCACUAUUCCUUCUCUCAAUCAAAUUGCUACACUGA